GACAGUAAAAAAAUGGCGCAUACUAUCGCGUUGUUUAUGAGUAGUUUUCGCCGGUAUGCGUGAGUUGUCUAUUAUAUGGCGUUUAGCACGUGUAACAAAACAGCAAUGAUCGAAUUACAGAGUGAGAAAGUGAGAGGCCGCGUGUAAAUACAUCCCGCGUUUCACAAUGCCACACCGCGACAGCGAUUCGGACACGGCUAGCUCUUCCAGGCGGAAGCGUAAAAAGAGAACGCAUGCGAGAUCUGGUUCAUCGUCCUCGGGCAACUCGUCGGAUCGCUAUCGUCGCAAGAGGAGGAGUGGACACAGCUCGCACGACAAAUCCAGGCGGCGGAGGUCCAGAUCCAACUCUUCGUCCCGGUACUCCUCAAGCAAGGGGUCUUCGUCUAGGAGGCGUCGUUCGGGCUCCAGGCACCGACGAUCCCGCUCUUGGUCUCCAGGGCCACGAAGGCGGUCCAGAACUCCGAAGCAUCGAUCGCGGAGGUCUCGCAGCAGCUCGAGCUCCCGGAGACGCUCGCGGUCAAGCAGUGACUCACCGAGGAGAAGCAGGAGAACAUCGGCGUCAAAUUCCCCAAAGAGAGUGCGGAAACCAGGAGACCCCUUGCCAUCGAGGACUGGGAAUGAAACUGACAAGCUCAAGCAAAAGAUUCAACAGGUGAUCAAAGCCGCAGCCACGGCCAAUGCGGAGCUGCGCGAGCGUGGUCUCCUCCCUUCUGGCUCCAGCAAGGAGGGUGCAGCUGGAAGCGGUGCCAGCACCCCGCCCAGUGUGCUAGAGCAGCUUGAACGGGCACGCCUAAUUGAUGACAUCAACGCCCCCUCCUUCAGUCAGCAGUCCUUCGUUUCCCGCAGGGAACAUGGAAAGAAGGAUUCGGCAGCGGGUACUUCUAAAGUAGUGGACAACCAUGCAGCAGCCAUUUUUGGAUCGUUUGAAUCCCUUGUAUCAGCAGCCAAGGAAGUGGUGCCUCUGUCCAACUGGAGGGAGAAGCCAGAGCUGCUGAUCCACCCAAAGCUUAAGGAGGCGACAGAGGUGAAACUGGAACGCUGGCGAAAGAAACUAGCUGCUGAAAGAAGAAAGCGCGUCAAUGGAACAACCACGAGUGGCUUGGUGCUCAAUGACACGUGACUGCACCCAAAUAGGAAGCUGAUGGCUUCACUGGUUGAUGGACUAAGGACACUGUGUGGUGACCCCUGUGAACAGUCAAUGGUGUUUGAAUUUUUGUAUAUAGAGCAUUGUGUGG